GCUAUCACUUGCAUGCAGUGUCAAACAUGAGUGAUAACAGAGUUCAAGCACAUGGCGAGGUUGUUAAGAUCAAUGUGGGUGGAACAAUUUUUGAAACCUAUCUGUCUACUUUAAUGAGAGUUGAUAAUACUGUACUCUCUGCUAUGGCUGCUAGUUGGCGAAAUCAAGAAGUGCUAUUCGUGGACAGAAGUCCAACUCAAUUCGCAAAAAUAUUAGAUUACCUACGAGACAGUGAGAACUUUACACCUCCUCUGGACGAUGGUGCUCGAGAAGAACUUCGGAAAGAGGCUGAGUUCUAUAAUAUGCCUGGCCUUGUCGAGAUGUGCUCACCUGAAGUUUUCCGCGUGGGAGACAGUGUGCAGUGGAGGCAGAGUGUUGUCGAGUCAUACUACCAUCACUCAGUAGCACGCUGGAUUCGAAAAAAUCGUACCGUUGAAUGCCCCGUCUGUUACAAUGACUUUAAACAAUCUCUUUUAUAUAAACAACGGAAUCCUGAAUUCCUUAUGGACUAUAUAGUCUUACUACAUGGAAAGGAACACACGUCAUCGGCCAUAGGUUCUUGCAGCUCGAUGGCACAUUCUGCAAAGUGCAGUGGGAAAACUGGACAACUCCUAUUCCACAAUCUGCACUGCGCUUAG